UAAAACGCGGAUUACGCGGAUGCGUCGUGUUUGCCGGGAAACUUCUACUUGUUUUACUGUCGUUUAAUGUUAAUCAUAUGGAUUAUUAAUUAGAUCUUCAUCAUGGAGAUAGAAUGUACUCAAAAACUUGAGUGUACCCAGGAACUAUAUAACACGCAAAUAGAAAGAACUGACCCCGAACAGAUUGGCUUCCUGGGAAUACAGGGUGCCACAUACCCCAUAAAAAGAGGUCCCAACAAAAUAGGCAGAGACCCACAAGCAUGUAGGAUUUACCUGAAUCUGAAUUCAAUAUCCAGGCAACAUGCUGUGAUAAACGUCUUGAGCUUGAGCGACAUCAUGCUUAUGGAUUUAGACUCUUCCAAUAAAACUAAAGUACAAGGUAAAACCUUGCAGCCAUACAUACCUUACCCGCUCAAAAACGGCGACAUGGUCCAGUUUGGCGCCAUAUUCGGUAUGUUCAGGUUGCUCGAGGAGGACAAUGACUUGCCGAUGACACAGGCUAUAGAUCUGCCUUGUACUCCUGCCCCGGUGCCUAAACAAAUGUCUAGGCUUGGGGCUCCAGUUUUGGUGCCAGAGUCGCCUGAAGUCAGUGACAUGGAUGAAUCCUUUAUAAUGCCAUCACAACCUAAAAAAUCGUCAGAAUUCAAGAGCCCCAUGAACAAAUUUAUAAAACCUUCCACCAAAACUAUUGCUAUACAACCAAUGGGCAGCAAAACUAUAGACAAUGCUUACUGGGCCUCAGCUAAGAAAUCAGACUCAUUUAAUUUCCAAUUAGAUGAUUCUGGAAGUUCUUUCAAUGACUCAUCUGUGUCAAACAAAUCUAAUAAAAUUGUUGAAGAAAGCAAUGAUAAUAUCCAUGAAAUGGAAACCCAGCCGCCUUUUAAAGCUAAUGAUAGUACAGAUUCUAUUUAUACUGCUAAUACGCAAGUAGCUUCGCCUUCUGUACAUUGUAUGGAAACGCAGCCACCUGUCUUAGAUAUUUAUAUGCAAGACACGCAGCAAGCGCCUGACAUUCACGCUCUGGACACACAGAAUGUACCUGACACUAUACAUAAUUGUGACACACAAGCUCCAAUCACAGAUAAAUUACCUGAAGUACGCAAAUUAGAUGACCAAAAGGAUUUACAAAUUGAUCUAUUCUCGGCAAAUAAAGAAAAUGAGAAUAGUUUGGACAAUAUAUUUAAUGCAGAAACGCAAGCUUUUGUUGCAGAAAAGGAACCAGUUUUGGUUGAACCAAAGAAAUCGGAGAAUAUUAAUAAAAGUGUUGAAGGAUCAUUUAAAAUUAAGGAUGACUCUGAUGAAGAAAUUGCGUUUGAAGAAUUGAAUACACAAUCAUUCCAUGACGAUUUUGAGUCGCAGCCGAUUAUACCGGCUGGCAAAGUUUCCCCACCGAUAGAGAAGAUAGAAAGGAUAGAAGUAAGCUUGAAUAAAAUCAGACGAGAGUCUGGCAGUUCAACUGAUUGUGAAGAUAUGGAUAUCUUACCAAAUGAAAAAUUAUCAACUGAUAUUGAUAUGUUACCAACCCAAAAGAUUAUAGUUGAUUCGAAAACUGAGAAAAUAGAUAGUGAUAUUGAUGUUCUGCCAACUCAAAAAAUUGUUGAGGAUAUAGAGAUGCUGCCUACUCAAAAAAAUGUGAAUAAUGAUGAUGAUGACCUGACCGAUUGUGAAGAUGAUGAUGAAAUAGUCAAAAAUGACGCCAAAGUAGCAAACGCUGGCGCGAGCCCGGAAAUAAAUUUUGAAGAUAUGGCGACACAAAUUAUUGGGGAUGACGUAAUAGAAGCUGAGAUAAAUAAAACUAUAGACCAAACUGAUGGCCCCAGUAAAGAAAUCAGUUUUGAAGAGUUGCCCACACAAAUAAUUACAGAUGACUCUAAAGAAGAAAAUUUCGAAGAAUUGCCAACUCAAAUUUUAACUGAUGAAGGAGAAAUUGAUAAACCAAAUGAAGAUGUUUAUUCUGAAGAAAUGAUAACUCCUUUUAAAGUUCCUUUCCGAACUCCUUUAAAAGCUAAGAAAACUCCCACGAAAGCGUCAACUCCAAAAGUUGUAAUAAAUGUUGAUGAUGAUGACGAUCCCAACUAUUAUGCAGCCACGCAAGAUUUAUUUAAUGAUCUCUGUACUCAAAAAGAACCAUCACCAGAUUCUAUUAAACCAAAUUCAUCAAACCAGAAAGAGAAAGGUGACGAUGAAUUAGUGCCAUGUUCUGUAGAAGGUUACGAAAUGGGUGAUAGAUUUAGGCACAUAGAAAGUGAGAUGUCGCCACUCAAAAAAUCUGAGAGUGGAGGUAGUGAUUCUAAACUUAAUAAAAUUACGAAUGAAAAAUCAACUUCAAAUGCUGUACUUAAAACACCCCAAACUCUUAAAAUAAUGAAUAUUGAUCUUCCGGAUAGCCAAGAAAUAAAAACUAGUGUAACUUUAAAACAUAAUUCUAUUACAGAAUCUUCCAGUGACACGGAAACGGACGAGGUUUCUGAUCAGGACUCGGGAGUCACCCACAUUAAGAAGCGGAAACCAAAAGUACAAGCCAAACGAGAUCUCCCUAAAAAGCUCGAAGAACUCCCUUCUAGAGUUAUCACGCGUGUUCGUAAACCUACUCUCAAAGUACGGGAAUCUCUCAAGAUGGCUGAUAGUGAUGAUAAUAUUGAUGCAGAUAUUGUGAGCGAAAAUAUAUCACGUUUAAAAAGCAAAACUGACAAAAAGAAAGGGAAAGAAGGUGAGCAAUCUAAAAGUUUAUUAGAUGAGCCCACAAAAAGGCCUCAUUCACGGAAUGAAAAUAAGAAAAAGGACAAACCAACUGAAGAGUCUGCAAGUGACAGUAAGGGUAGAAGUAGUCGAUCUAAAACAAAGAAAUCUGAGGAAACUAAAUCAAAAACUGACGAUCAUAAAGACUCUGAUGAUAAAAAAGUUAGAAGUACUCGAAGUACAAGAAAUAAAAAAGAUAACAGUAAAGACGAGAAAUCAAAGGGUAAAGAACAGAAGACCAAAGAGGAAAAGAAAUCCAAAUCAGGAAGUGAAUCUAAUUCAAGAAAAGAUUCUCAUUCUAGGAGUAAUUCUAAAUCUAGAAGCGAUUCUAAAAACCGAAGCGGCUCUAAAACCAGAAGUGAUUCUAAAAACAGAAGCGAUUCAAAAACUAGAAGUGAUUCAAAAACUAGAAGUAGUAGAAACACUAAAGAAAACAAAAAAGACACAUCAAAGUCCAAAGACAAAACCCCAGAAGAAGAGGUACGAAGAAGCUCACGACAAAAAUCAAAUAAAGAAACACCCAAACAUGAAAACAGUACUGUAUACUUAUCCUCAGAGUCCAGUACAGAGUCACCGAAGAAUUUGAAAAGGCCAGCGACGAAUGAGUUGGAAGUGCCAAGUCCUAAAAGAACAAGAUCUUUGCCUAAUUCUAAGAGCGCAUGCGCGGCCAGUACAUCGGUACAGGGUGCUCCUGUUAGGGCUGAAACGCAAUAUGUUUUGUUCACGGCGUUUUCUAAUGAUGAUGUGAGGAGUAAACUCGAGAAAUUAGGAGCAGUAAUAGUAACAGACGUAAUGUCCUGCACAGUACUAGUGACGCUUCAAAUAAAACGCACGUUCAAGUUGCUCUGCGCCGUUGGUCUCGGGCGGCCCAUCGUCGGCCCAGAGUGGGUGCAGGCCUGCGCUGACACCAAUACUGUCGUUGACCCAUGGCUGUACCUAAUAAAGGACUCGCAAGCAGAGAGACGGUUCCAGUUCAGUCUAGAAAAGACCCUCAAAGGCAGAAGGAACUUCCUCGAGGGAUACCACGUUUCGUCCACGCCCAGUGUGAUGCCGACUGCUCAGGAGAUGAAACUGAUCGUGGAAUGCUCCGGCGGCGUGUGGCAACCCUCGGGGCCGAGCUGGGUGUGCGUGACGUCAUCGGCCGACAAGGGGAUGUGGGCCGCGCUGCGCCGGCGCGGCGCCACGCUCGUGUCCACCGAGUUCAUCCUCGGCGGCGUGCUGCGCCAGCGACCCGAUAUCGAGGACACCGCUUUUGGAAAGCCUACGGCAAGUGCAGCCAAGAAGAAGGAACCUUCUGGAGACCUUAUAUCCACUACAGCAGCCAAGAAGCCGGCGGGGGACUUCGUAUGCCCGGAGUGCGGCCGACGAUGCCUGUCUAGGAUAGGGCUCGCCUCACACGCCAGAUCACACACGAAAACCUAAGUACCUUUUGAUCACAAUUUUAUGUAACACGCAAUAAUAAACUGUA